UUGAUAAAGAACAAAAAAAAGUAUCAAUGUCAACCCCUUUUCAUUUUUUAAUUAAUUAAUAUAUUUAUUUUCUCCGAACAAGUUUCCAUCCAAAAAACAGAAUCGCCAUUGAUUUGGAUUACCGUAGAACUUGCACGAAUCACGAUUUCUGGAGAGAACGCAACCGAGUCGAACAAUUCUGCCGGGUUUCUCUACCGUUCGAAAUGGAAAAUGAUAUCGAAAACUCCUUAUCAAGAAAACUAUUAAGCACCGCAUCUCAACUCGAUCCUAAAAGGCGAAGAUUUCGCCGAUGCAAAAGUGCUCCAAUGGCCGAUUAUCUUCCCAGCGAAAUCAAGCCCAGAAACGGGGCUUCUCAAGCGGCCCCACCACCUUCACAAUACCUUUGGGAUAAAAUACACCCGAGUAUAAAAAAAGUGGGUAUUUACUUAUUCCUUUACUUAACCAUCGGCACAACUUGCUUUUACUUUGUCGGAAACCAAAUAAAAGGAGACAAAAUCGACGGGAUCCUCGAUUCGGUUUACUUCUGCAUUGUGACAAUGACAACUGUCGGAUACGGAGACCUAGUACCCAACACCGCCGCCACAAAGCUUCUCGCAUGCGCUUUCGUCUUUUCCGGAAUGGCUCUCGUAGGCCUAACGCUGAGCAAAGGAGCGGACUAUCUCGUCGAAAAGCAAGAAAUGCUGCUUAUUAAAGCAAUGCACAUGCGCGAGAAACUGGGCCCCGCCGAAAUUCUCGAAGAGAUCGAGACGAACAAAGUGAGGUACAAGUGUUUGAUGACCUUCUCGUUUCUCGUAGUGCUGAUUACAGUCGGGACGGUUUUCUUAGUGCUGGUUGAGAAGUUGGAAUUUGUCGAUGCUUUCUACUGCGUUUGCUCGACCGUGACGACUUUGGGGUACGGAGAUAAGAGCUUCUCCACGAAAUAUGGACGUGUUUUCGCUAUAGUCUGGAUUUUGACGAGCACCGUUUGUUUGGCUCAGUUGUUGUGCUAUAUAGCUGAGUUCAAUACAGAGAAGAAGCAGAAGGAAUUGAUCGAGUAUGUUCUUACGAGGAAGAUGACGAAUGUGGAUUUGGAGUCGGCCGAUCUUGAUGACGACGGAUCAGUGGGGGCUGCGGAGUUCGUUAUAUAUAAGCUGAAGGAGAUGGGAAAGAUUAAUCAAGAAGAUAUAUCGGUUCUGAUGGACGAGUUCGAAAACCUUGAUGUCGAUCAAUCUGGUACGUUGUCCCUAUGUGACGUCACUCUAGCUCAAUCAGUUCGAACAAAGAAGUGAUUCUGUGUGAGUGUGUUUUUCCCCCUGGUUUUUUUUACCUAUGAAAUGUGAGUUACAUUUGUGCCGAUGGAGGAACUCGGUUUCUCUCUACACAAGCCAGUUAAGCAGGAUUAACUGUAGUAAUCGUCGUCGUUUGAUGUAUAUUCAAACGUCCGUCGUUUGUUGUAUACUCUAGUAAUCGUCGUUUGAUGUAUAUUUGGAUAAGUUUUUUAAUAUGGAGUUCGUCUUGGGAAUAAUAAAAAUAUGAAAAUCGAUUAUUUUACUGUCACUAUCGGAGCCAGGAUUUUAAUUCCCAGAGGACCGGAUGCAUUAAAAAAAUUAUGAAGGGGGCCAUUAAUUAA